CCCUCUCCAGUAGUACAUAGAAAUAGCAGGAGAAGCAGAAGAGAUAGGAGCCGAUCUCCAUACUCAUCCUAUUCACAUAGCAGGUGAUCCCGUUUAUAUUCCGCCUUGUACUAAUUUGACUACUUUUCAAACGACUCUUAGAAAGAAUGAAGACGUAUUUGCUGAUGCGGUUUGGAUUUCAUGAUGUUCGAGUUGCUUUGUACGCAUCUUAUCCUUUCUCAUUGAGUGAUUUUCAUUAGUUUUUCCUUUUAACAUGCAGUUUUAGUAUAACUCUAACCUAGUUAUGGUAUUGCAUUGCAUCCAAUGAUGGAAAAGAUAAUGAGGCAUUUUCAUGGCUAUAAUUUGAACUUGGUGAUGGUGGUUAUGUCUACUUAAUGGUAACAUGUUAUUGGAGUAUUAUAGACUUUGGAAGCUUCUGACAAAAAGAUAUGAAUCUUGAAGGUUGCCCUAUUUGGCCGCAUAACAUUACCUUGACUUGAACUUCCGAAUGCUUAUUCCUAAUAUUUGAAGUCUUUAUUUCUACGCAUUCUAAUAGACAGGGAUUAGUGGUUUGAGUGUUUACCUUAUACUUGGUAUGCUUUGAACGUUGUCAUUUAUUUAUAGCCUUUAUGUAUAGUGUAAUUAUGAAUUCAGUUGUAUACUUCUAUUAAUACCAUGCCGAUGCAAUUAUGGCUGAUUUUGUCUGAAAAGGUCUACUGAUUGUAUUAGCUCAAUUGGGAGAAUAAAUUGAUGUACGAAUGAUCUUUGGAAAUUGACUUGCUAAUUUUCCCAAAUUAAGGAUAUCAAAUACAAAUAGUUGGAGCAAAAUAAACAGAGUAUUGUAAGAGCAGGAUAUAAUUCUUGCUCUUCAUAAAAAUUAAAGACAGCUUAGUUUCAUCCCAUGCUAUGGGAAGUGAGCAGGUGAUGGGUGCCGUUGAGUAUCCUUUUUUCGUUCGAAUGUGACAUUUGCUUCUUCAUGUGAUAAAAGGUGGAGCGCAGAAAGGUUAUUCUUAACAAUGUAUGAGAAGGAAAAGUCGUUCUGUUUCCCCUAGACGUCGUAGAAGUCGCUCCCAUUCCCCAACUCCAAGGCGUCGUAGAAGUCAUUCUCGAACUCCAAGGCGUCAUAAGCGACAAAGAAGUCGAAGCGUGUCACCAUCUCCAAUUCAUAAAUCAUCUAGUCCAAGUAUUGGUUCAAUAGAGCGCAAGAAUGCUCAUGAAAAAUUGAGAAAAGAAGAGGAAGAAGAGAAGAAAAGGCGGCAGCAGGAAGCAGAAUUAAAACUUCUGGAAGAAGAGACUGCAAGGAGAGUGGAGGAAGCAAUUCGUAAAAAAGUUGAAGAAAGCUUAGAUUCAGAGGAGAUUAGAGUGGAAAUAAAAAGGCGGUUGGAGGAGGGGCGGAAGAAACUUCUUUAUGAAGUUGCUGCUCAACUUGAGAAGGAAAAGGAAGCCGCACUUAUUGAGGCUAGACAAAAAGAGGAACAAGCACAGAAAGAAAAAGAAGAGCUAGAAAGGAUGCUUGAAGAGAAUCGUCGGCAGGUGGAAGAAUCCCAGAGAAGGGAAGCUCUGGAGCAGCAGCGGAGGGAGGAGGAGCGGUACUGGGAGCUGGAAGAGCUGCAGAGACAAAAAGAAGAGGCCUUGCGGAGGAAGAAGCAAGAGGAGGAGCAAGAACGGUUAAACCAGAUGAAACUUUUGGGCAAGAACAAAUCCAGGCCAAAAUUGUCAUUUGCACUUGGCUCCAAGUAAAAUAAGAACUGAAUUGAAGCGUAAUUCCUUUCUGACAAAUCUCUGCUUGGACUUGAUUGGAUGUUUGAAUAUGUAAUUUAAAAAUAUUUUACACAACAGUUUUCUUGUGUUAUAAUGACUUCAAUUCCCAAGUUGAUUUUAUCA